AUGGUCCAGAACAGAAACUUUGGAGAACCAGUACCUGAAAAAGCUGACCCGCACUUCUCAGGCCCAGGAGUUGAUGUGGAGAUAGAAGAAAUCAGGAAAGAGACAGGAGAGUCUUCCGAGGGAGAUAUCAGCCACAAGGAGAAGCAAGAAAAACCCUUUCCGUACAGAGGGGAACCUAAGAAGAAAAAGGAGGAUCCAGCGGACUUCAUGGAAAUUUUUGGGAAGCUGGAAAUUAACCUGCCGUUUCUCCAAGCUCUAAAGCUGCCCAUCUUCAGCAAGUUUAUCAAGAAGUUUAUUGCCGGGAAGACCAAACCAAGCGGUAAAAUAGUGAUUGGAGAAACCGUGUCAACUGUGAUUCAGAAGAGAAGAAUGCCCUCCAAGCGUACUGACCCAGGUAUGUUCACUCUCCCCAUUUCAAUUGGGAACAUUAAAGUCGAGCAUGCUAUGUGCGACCUAGGUGCAUCAAUAAAUGUUUUACCGUUUUCCCUCUAUAAGAAACUGGAAGGAGUAAGAAUGGUCGAUACGAAAGUGGUAAUUCAAUUAGAUGAUAGGUUGUGCAUCAGUCCCGAGGGCGUGUUAGAGAAUGUAAUAGUCAAGGUGCAUGAUUUUCUAUACCCCGUUGAUUUCCAUGUUAUUAAGAUGAAUGAGUACCAGUCUGCUGAGUCUAGCGAAAUGCUUUUAGGAAGACCAUUUUUACGCACCGCUAAGACAAUCAUUGAUGUUUUUGAUGGAACUAUUUCCUUAGAUUAUCAUGGAGAGAAGUUUAAUUUUAACAUUGAUGAGGCCAUGAAAAAGCCACUGGAUAUAGAAAAUAUGCAUGCUGUAGAUGUAAUUAACCCCCUGGUCCAAGAAUUUCUUGAGACAGAAUUGAUGCAGGAACAGGUGGAAAAUUCGGAGUUGAGUCACUCCAUUGACAAGGAGGUGGCCAAUUCGUGCGAGGCAAUAAACACACCGGGAAUGAAAGAUGAAGAGUUAGCAGAAGCAAUUCUAGAAUUCUGCAAAGGUCCUGAAUCUGCCAGGUCUAAGGGAUCAGCCUACGCAGCUAACGUGGAAAAUUUGCCCGGGCCAGAAGUAUUAAUCAUCAAGGAGGCGAAGAAGAAUCCAUUACCUCAGGAGACAAGUUCAACAAAGAAGGAACUGAAGACAUUGCCCCCAGGCCUAAGGUAUGCUUAUUUGGAGGAAAACGAGAUGUUCCCGGUGAUCGUUAACAAUAACCUAACCAGGGAGCAAGAAGCGGAAUUACUGGAAGUCCUCAGGAGGAACAAGAAGGCCAUAGGAUGGACUCUGUCAGACCUGGUGGGAAUCAGUCCUGACCUAUGCAUGCACCAUAUUCGUUUGGAGGAAGGAGCGAAACCCCACCGAAACCCACAUAGAAAGUUGAACCCAAACAUAAGAAAAGAAGUCUUGACUCAAGCUGCUGUCUUUGGUUAUCAUAUACUCCAUUCCCAACAGUAA